GGUAGAUGAGGUCAACUUUUCCCUAGAUCCGCCAUUUCAGCCCUGGAGUUUCUUGUUGCACGUUAGUUAUGAUUUUUUUAGUUAUUUUAAAUAUCAAGAAGUAGAUCAUUUGGAUUUGUGGUGCAGGAUUCGUUCCGCCGAGAUAAACCCUUUGACGUUACGGUUAGACGUUACUAAAAUCGUCCCGUUGUAACGUUUUUCCAGCGGGAGUGUUAGUCAACCAAAGUUUUGUAUGAGUUGCGGAUAGGGAGAGGCGAAGGGGAAAAGGCCUCAAGCCUUGGACGGAUUUCACAGCCAUGGCCGGUAAUUUUGAUGCCGAAGACCGUGCUAGCUGGUACUGGGGGAGACUGAGCCGCCAGGAGGCGGUUUCCCUUUUACAGGGACAGAGACAUGGUGUUUUCCUCGUGAGGGACUCGAUAACCAGCCCUGGAGACUACGUGCUGUCCGUGUCGGAGAACUCCAGGGUGUCCCAUUAUAUCAUCAGCAGCAUCAGUAACAGUCUGCCGUCUGGCUCAGGGUUGGCACCUUGUCGGUUUCGGAUUGGGGAUCAGGAGUUUGAUGGGCUGCCAGGUCUGCUGGAAUUCUACAAGAUCCACUACCUGGACACCACAACACUCAUAGAGCCUGUAAACAGAGCCAGGCACUCGGGCAUCAUCAGCUCCCCCACUGGCGUGGUCCCCCAACAGACCGAAGAAGGCGAGUAUGUCCGGGCGCUUUUUGACUUCCCUGGGAACGACUAUGAGGAUCUCCCCUUCCGCAGGGGGGACAUCUUGCGUGUGCUGGAGAAGCCAGAGGAGCAGUGGUGGAACGCUACUAACCAGGAGGGCCGAGUCGGGAUGAUCCCCGUACCCUAUGUGGAAAGGUACCGGCCCGCCUCACCCACGGCUGCUGGUCUGGGUCCCGCGGUUGUGGGGACUGGACAGGGAGGGCUUGUUGGAGGGGUAGCAGGCAGCACAGAUGGAACAGGUUCCCCUCAGGCCACUGCUCUGGGAGAACCGGGCCAGUACGCUCAGCCCGUGGUCAACACUCAGCUCCCCAACCUACAGAACGGGCCGGUCUAUGCCCGAGCGAUUCAGAAGAGGGUGCCCAACGCCUACGACAAGACGGCGCUGGCUCUGGAGGUGGGGGACACGGUAAAAGUGACCAAGAUCAACGUGAACGGCCAGUGGGAGGGUGAAUGCAAAGGCAAACGAGGCCACUUUCCUUUCACCCACGUUCGAUUGUUGGAACAGCACAAUCCAGAUGACGAGAGCUGAGAACCGCAGGCACUCCCGGCACCUCCAGCACACCCCGUCUCUUUCAGCUUCGCCAUGCUGGGAUAGAAGAAGAUUUCUGCAAGCACAGAGUGUAUGAAACUCUGCGCUGAAGUGGUCAGUGUUUCUUGCCCACGCUGACAUGUUGGGUGUGACUGUUGGGUGAUCUCGCCUAAUGUCUUUUUGAUGAACUUAAGUCAUGCUAAGAGUUUACACUAUGGUUGGACUGAUAUCGGUUUGCCUCCGUUGUCAAAAAUCACUGCUGGCUUCCACUUUAUCGGUUUAUUCCAGAAAGACACUGGAAGAUCGGUUAAUCGUUUCACAAGAAAGGGGUGUAUUUAACCUUUGUUAGGCAACCAUGAAACGAGCAAGUCAAUAAUUUAUUCCAAUUAAUGAGUUAUUUAACUUACUUUUUGUAUGAUGAUAGUUGAACAGAUGUAAGACAUUGUUUUAGGGUGCUAAAUCUUUCACUCUGGUUGGUGUUUACCCCAUACUACAGUCUUACUCUGGUGCAGGUUGUUUUCCAGUUUAAAAUAACUGAUAUUUAAUUUGAACACAAAUCCAAAAGCUGAACAACUGUUAAAUACAUGUGAUCACAAUGAACUCUCGCAGUCAUCUCCCAAUCAGUCUGUGUGUCUGAUCUGUAGAAUUAUGGAAGAAUAAGAGUGUGAGUGACAUCUGAGGGUUAUUGUGCUGAUUCAACAGUUUUUUUUUUCUUAAAAGGCACAGUUCAUAUAAUAUCAGAUCCAGUCAAUAACAAUAUUAGUAAUGCUCAUUAUUAGCUUAGCUAAUGCUAAAGGCUAACAGUUACUAAAGCUGUGAUCUGCAAGUCCGUAUCUUUUUACUACAUAGAGCCCAAAAGUCCAGCAGUGUGAAAUUUAUUAAGUUGUUUGCUUGACAUUAAAACAUGCCCGUACAUGGUAGCAUCACUUCUCUUCACCUCGCACAAGAUUAAAAGCGGCUCGCACGAGUUACAAACACGUUUUCACAAAUUGAAAGUUGUUCACACAAGAUUCUGACUUUUCGUACAAGGUUCAAACUUGUCCAGCAAAAAACUGUUUCACUCUGCUGGACUGUUGGAGCUCUGUACUUUUCCUCGUAGUACAUCUGCACAAAUGGUAUAAACCAGAUUAUGGAAAAGCGAAAAUUGGACCAAAAAGAACCCGAUUGCAGGUGCGAAAGCCACCCUCAGCUCAGCGGGGCAUUGAAGCUACGUGGAUGUAUUGAUUCUGAGCAUGUUGAUAGAAACUGCCGAACCUGAACAAUUUUAGAGAUUCUGAGGCAAUAAAUAGAAAAUGUGUGAAAAUGGUUUAAAUUAACAUUAACAAAAUGUAAUUUCAGACAGUUUGAGGGCAUAAUAAGCACCGGUGACCGAUAUCAGUCAAACUCUAGUUUACAUACUUCCAGCCCAGUAUUGAGCUCUGCACCAUACACAGCAGGCACCCUCCUCUUCCUCUUCCUUCCUGUUGUAUCUGUGCAUCCCCGCCCACUACCUUUCACUGACACCUGCAGGAGGGAAACGAUCGAUUGCACACGGGAGAUAAAACUCUGCUUCUCUCACAGAUUCAUGUAUCUGUGAGUCUUUCUGGGGUUUGUCCUAGACUAUGAACCUAGGAGUGAAACACUUUCCCUGAUGACUGUCUUAUGGAGAAGGACAUACUUCAUAUAAAGACAACUUUACCACCUUACUACACCCCACACUACAAACCCACUCUCUUUUUUUGUUGUACA